AUGGAUUCAGAGCAUGAAGCCCUCCUCUUUUACUCCAAAGUGCGCUGGCUUUCCAAGGAUAUAUUUGAGCAGCUAAACAGGCUGAAUCUCAAGCUGCAGGGCAAGGACAGAAAUGUGUUUCACCUCAUGGAUUGUCUUCGUGCAUUUCUUGCCAAGCUCCAGAAAUGGCAAAGGAAAGUCAACGCAGGAAAUGUUGCCAUGUUUGAGAAUCUUUCAACUGUUCUUGAUGAGAAUGAAGAUCAUCUGCUUGACCCAGCACUCAAAACUGAAAUCACUCAGCACCUGAAAUCCUUGGAAAGUGAGCUCAAAAAGUAUUUCCCAGAAUUCGAGGAGGAAGAUGGGAAAUUGGUGAGGGAUCCUUUCUCUGGCACUCUUGAUAUUGCUACCAUUCCCAAUGAUGUUCAGGACGAAUUUCUUGAUCUCAAGAAUGAUUCUGCUGCCAAAGAUCUCUACAAAGAAAGAUCUCUGACUAUAUAG